AUGGCGGCGCCACUAUACAACCAGCAGAACACACAGCAAGAUGGGGUCCUGCACGGUAAUCAAGCUGGACAAUUGGACGAGAACUUUUUGCCAAACAAUCUCCUGAUGAAUACGGAGCGCGACACGCACGAGUCGACCGGAACUUCAAUUUUGGAAGCAGGCUCCAUUCAUGAUCUGAAUGGGCGCACAUACCAAGGAUAUCGCGAAGGAAAGUACUUUCUGCCCAAUGAUCCUAUUGAGCAAGAUCGUUUGGACUUUCAGCACGCUGGCUUGACCACGUUAUUGGGAGACAUGUUGUCCUGGGUGCCCUUUGAGAGCCCGCCGCGCAACGUCUUGGACGUGGCGACGGGGACGGGUCUGUGGGCUAUGGACUUUGCGCGCCUGUACCCGACUGCCAAUGUGCUGGGCACGGAUCUGUCCCGCAUCCAGCCCGAUGAUAGUAGGCCCGAGAACUGCCACUUUGUUCAGGAGGAUGCCGAGGAGCCAUGGCUGCAUCCAAAGAAUCAUUUCGACUACAUACAUUUCCGCCUGGUUACGACGUGCUUUGAUCAACCACAGUCCGUCAUUCAGCAGGCAUACGAGAGCCUGGCGCCAGGUGGAUGGAUCGAGUUCCAUGAUGCUGGCCCGCUCCUCCUCGGCGCCGGGGGGACUGUAGCUGAGCGCACCUGGCAGAUGGCUGUCGAGGGAGCCGCAGCCAUGGGGAGAAAUAUACUGGUGGCCCAGAGCUAUAAGCAGUGGCUCAUUGAGGCAGGAUUCAUCAAUGUCGAGGAAUACAAACUUCCAUGGCCCAUGAACGGCUGGCACGAGAAUCCGCGCAUCAAGAAGUCUGGCCGUUACAUGCAGCGUGUGCUCUUAGACAAUGCACAGGGUUUGGUGUACAAGAUGCUGCAAGGCAAAGGACUAUCGCCGCCCGAGAUUGAGGUUCGUGUGCAGCAGUGCAAGGAAGAGUUUAUGGAUGAAAGUAUUCAUGGAUACUGGCCCUUUUAUGUUGUAUAUGGACGAAAGCCGACGGCUUGA